ACCAAACCAGAGCUUCCAGAAACUGUAAACAUGGAAUCUUUCCCCUUCUUCCCCAAACCCACCAGAUGGAAGAAGAGACCUUCUUCCAAAUACCCAUUUUACCCUGCAGCCCUCUUCAUCACUUCCCUAAUCUUGAUCUUCUUCUUCUACAUUACCCACAACCCAAUUUCCACUUCUACCCUCCCCGUUUCAAGAAAUUCCCAAUCUGCCCUCUGCCCCCAAGAAACCCUAGGCCAGAAGUUCCUAAUGUAUGCCCCACAUAGUGGGUUUAGUAAUCAGUUGUCUGAGUUUAAGAAUGCUGUCUUGAUGGCUGCUGUGUUGAAUAGGACUUUGGUUGUUCCUCCUGUUCUUGAUCAUCAUGCUGUUGCUCUUGGAAGCUGUCCCAAAUUCAGGGUUUUGAGUCCAAAUCAGCUUAGGUUGUCUGUUUGGAAUCAUGUCUUUGAGCUUAUUAGGAAUCUCAGGUAUGUAUCCAUGAGUGAUAUACUCGAUCUUUCAAAAGUGAUAUCUGAUUCAUCAGUUCGAAUCAUAGACUUUAGAGAUUUUGUAUCCAAAUGGUGUGGCGUGAACAUGGAUUUUGCAUGCUCUAGAUAUUCGGAAUUGCAGUCCUCUUUAUCUAAGAUCUCAACACAAUGUGGGUCUGCUUUAUCUGGGAACGAUGGUAACGUUCGUGAUUGUAUAUAUGCUGUAGAAGAAGAUUGUAGAACGACAGUUUGGACGUAUCAGAACGAUGGCGAAGAUGGAAUGCUGGACUUAUUCCAACCUGAUGAACAACUCAAGAAGAAGAAGAAUAUUUCGUUUAUUAGGAGACGGAGAGAUGUAUACAGGGCACUUGGUCCAGAUUCAGAAGCUGGAUCAGCGACUGUAUUGGCAUUUGGAAGCUUAUUUACAGCACCAUACAAGGGCUCAGAAUCAAACAUUGAUAUCCAUAAUGCUCCGAGAGAUAAUAGAGUGCAAUCAUUGAUUGAGAAAAUCGAAUUUCUCCCGUUUAACCCUGAAAUAACAAGUGCCGGAAAGGAAUUUUCUCUUCAGACUAUCAAGGCUCCUUUUCUCUGUGCACAACUUAGACUAUUAGAUGGGCAGUUCAAGAACCAUUGGAAGUCUACUUUUACAGGUUUAAGAGAGAAGUUAGAGUCUUUAAAACAAAAGGGUCCCCUUCCUGUUCAUAUAUUUGUGAUGACUGAUCUUCCAUCAGGAAAUUGGACGGAAACUUACCUAGGAGAUUUAGCAAGAGAUUCAAGAAAUUUCAAGCUGUUUACUUUGAACGAGGAAGAUGAGUUGGUGAGAAAAAGUGCAACAAGACUCGUUACUGCUAGACAGAGAACGAAAUCUCAAUCGGCUUCCAAAAAUUUAGACGAAUUAAAGCCUUGUGAUUCUCAAACAUUGCCUGACUUGCGUCUUUACAUAGAAGAAUCUAUUUGUGGUUGUGCUUCUCUUGGUUUUGUUGGCACUGCAGGUUCCACCAUUGCAGAAAGCAUAACACUGAUAAGAAAACAUAGGGUAUGCUUGUGAAGAAAUUUCUGCAAAGCGUGAACAGAAGCAAACAGUGGCCUAUGACAAGCUUGUGAAUUGUGCUUCUGCAUACAGAACAUCAGACCUGUGUCGGCCUCACAUUAUCAUUUGGCGAGGGAGGUUAUACACCAGGAAUUGGUCAAUCUUUUUCCACUUCUCUCCAUUUUUAAAGUCUCGAAGUUAGAAAAGAAGUGGGCAGGCACUCUUCAUUCAUUCGUUUGUGUGUAUGUAAUCUUGGAGAUUCUUGCUUAAGUUCUAGUUGGUAUUUCGUAAUCAACUCAUCUCAACACCGUCAGACAACAAAAUGGAACUGCGCACUACAGCACUACUUAAGGUCUAUUUCUGCCCUCUUGUGUGAUGGUUGUUAGCUUCUUGUUGGAACAGAAGCAAGUCUCUUUCUGCC